AACUUCAUCGGCAACUAUCGUAGGAGUAAAGGCGGCAGUAAGCGGAGCCUCCCCACAGACGACAUGGGGGCUGAGAACAUCACGGGACAUCGUGAAGACUUAGGGAUGUCGACAAAAGAAGGAGACAGCAAUGUUCCACUCGAAAUACAGCUGCGGGGUCCUAGAAUGCAGCAGCUGUACUCCCAGGCCUGCCGCCAGGAGGCGCGACCGGUGCACAGCGUGCGCGGGCUCGUGGUUGGUCAGUUCAGAUCCGGGAAGACGUGUGUCGUCAGGAGGCUGACGGGAGAGAAGGCUGUGGAGAAUGAACCGAUAACAGACGGCAUCGAGAUUUCACCCAGCGUGAAGACCAAGACUUGGCGAAAGGCAAAAGAGGAGCCAGACGAAUUCAAGGAAACUAUGGCAGAACGAUUGGCAGAACAACAAGAACGGGACAAACCACGCACCCGGACAUCGUCACGAACCCAAGGAGCAGUCAGGAAAAAGUCUACAG